UCUCAUCCAGCGAAUACAAAGCUACUAAAUAGAUUUCCCAUCAACCUCGGCUGCAAUUUGUGUUUGAGGCCAGUUGGCAAAUGUUAGCACGGCUAAACUAAGAUGUAGUGCAUGGUAACGUUAUACCUGCUAAACAUCAACAUGGUAACAUUGUCACUGUGAGCAUGUUAGCAUGCUGACGUUAGCAUUUAGCUCAAAGCCCCACUGUGACUAAUAAUAGUCUCUCAGAGCAGCUAGCCUGGCUUUGACUCAACAGGAAUUUCAACCAUUCAAAGGCCAAAAUUAUGACAUAACAACAUUUAUUGAGCAAUAUAUCACCAUCCAAUAGGAGAAGAGGCUGUUAUUAAAUAUAUACAGGCCUCUGAAGUACUCCAGUUUACGCUUCAUGUGACUUCUUACCCCCAGAUGUUCAUUCUUCCCACAUGACUCCCACAGAUCCAAUAUAUUUCUGUAUGUGCUGAUGUGUGUGUUUUGUUCACCCUCUCGUAGAUGCACCCCGACAGUGACAGAGAAAUGGCCAUACCCAGGAUGUUCGACUCCAACACGCCGUUCGUCAUCGUGACCGCAGGAUCCGAACUCUCUUUCCCUGGCAAAGAGGACGACAGCCAAGGGUGUGAGGAGGAGAAGGACUCGCUGGUCCAGGCCAUCGCCCCCCAUCUGAGUCGGGUGAUGCAGCUCGGCACUGCCAAACACGUGUUCGCGGAGGGGCCCGAGGCGUCCGAGGAGGACGCCUGCGUUUCUAUAGUCGCACAGGCCGAGAGAGAAGACUUCCAGGAGUUCAGCCCCACCAACACACAGGGUCCUUACCCAAGAGCUCAGCUGCUGAAAAAGCUCAGGUCUCUCAACAAGGAAGCUGUCCUGAUGAGCGACACCGAGGACGAGGACUCUAACGUGGACCAUCACCACCUCUCGAGGAAACAACGCAGGAAAACCAGGAGACAGAACCAGGAGGGAGGGCAGGAACCUCCCAUCAUCCGCGGCCUGUGGGUGCAGGAGAUUGAUUGGCUGAAAUCAGCUGACAAAGAGAUGACAUCAUCUGCUGAGAUCAUCCCGCCUCCUCCUCAGUUUACAGACUCCUGCGGUGUUGGAGGGCUGCAGUCCUGCAGCUGUGCAGAUGUGUGCGAGUGUGUCUCAGAGUCUCGGUCAGAGGACCCGGACCGAUCCGACACAGACACGUCCAGCUCUGACAGCAGAGGAGGAUCAGACUCUGACUGUGAAUCUAUUCGCACUCACGAGAGCGACUCGGACUCGUCGUGCGGCGGAGAGGACGACGCACAAGCACCAGAUACUUUUGGAGUUGAAGCCAGAGCGUCAGAUCUGACCUUUGACCUGAUGCUCGUGUCUGGAUUUAACUCCUCCUCUCACGCUGAGUGGGAUUCAGACUCAUCAGGGUGUGUUCAAAGCAUGCUGGGAAUUUCUGACUCCACCUACACCCCCAGUAGUGUGAAUUCAUCUCAGUGUGACUUUGGUUUCGAUGAUCUGAGUGACACUGACACAGUGGUGGACGUCCUCAGAGGGAGAGUGACGAGGAUGUCGAGGCUGUACGCUUCAUCCUUCUUCAGAGAUUUGAUCAAACAGUCUGUGAACGACUGGAAGGGCAGCAGACCGCUCAGUGAAGGGCUCUUAUUUCAUCAUCAGCUCCAGCCCAGCCGCCGUCAGUACAGGGAGGGAGAGGAGUACUGCGUCCUUCACCACAUCCAGAACGGCUCAUACGGUGACGUGUUCUGUGUUCGGGACAAAAGGACUGGAUUCAAAUGUGCUGCCAAGAGGAUUCCUCUGAGUCACUUCAGCAGCGAGGAGGUGAGCACGUGGAGCGCUCUCAACUCUCCUCGUGUCGUCGAGCUCUUCGGGGCUGUGAGGGACGGACUCAACAUCGUGCUCUUCAUGGACCUGAAGCCAGCGUGUCUGGCCCAGCUUCUCAAAGAGAUGACCUCCCUCCCCGAGGAUUUGGCCCUGCAUUACCUCCAUCAGUCACUGGGGGCGCUGGAACACCUGCACCGCAGAAAGGUCCUUCACCUGGAUGUCAAAGUUGACAAUGUGCUGCUGUCUGCAGACUGCAGAGACACAUUCCUCUGUGACUUUGGUCUCUCAGAGACUCUGGAUGAUGACGGGUGGAGCACGAAGGCUUUCAGGGGAGCUGCCUUCCCCGGCACGGAGACCCACAUGGCCCCCGAGGUGGCCCGAGGAGAUCAGCUCUGCUCCAAGGCGGAUGUGUGGAGCAGCUGCUGCAUGUUGCUGCACAUGCUCAACGGAUGCCAGCCGUGGAUCCGCUACUACUCCCAUCCACUGUGUCUCCAGAUUGUCAACGAGCCUCCACCUCUGUGGGAGGUGCCGUCCAACUGCAACAACUUCACGGCCAAAGUGUUCAGAGCCGGACUCAAGAAAGACCCAGAGAGACGAGCGUCGGCCAAGGAGCUCAGGAGGAAAACCACCAAGGCCCUCAGAGCAGUUGGAGGUCUGAGUCCCUGGUCUAUCAAAAGUGCCUGUGAGAAGCUGCACCGUGGCAGGAGCCAGACUGAAGACAUGAAGAUCAACACGACUAAACCAUCAGCUGCUGUCUCAGCACCAGCGAUGUACUGGGUGAGCCCCUGGAGGACUACAGCGGUGGAUGAGGACAGCAAUGACUUGGGAGAAGGUGACUCAGACCAAGACUCUGAAGUAGAGAUGGAUUCAUUAACCAGAGAAUGGGAGUCCCAGCUGAAAUCCCUGCAGGGUGAUGACACUGUCAACUGGGACACCUGGUCUGACUCAGAUGUGGAUAUAUACAUGGGAGAGGAGGAGUAUAAUCAGGAGAAGUGGCUGAAAACUGACGGAGACUAUGAGGGGGACUGGGAGGAAGAGGGAGAUGAAGAAGAGGAGGAAGAGGAGGAGGAGGAGGAGGAGGAAGAGGAGUGGGACUCCUCCAUGUCUACAGAGUAUCUCCGGGCUCUCAGAGGUCAUUUCCCUCUGCUGCAGAAAGGUCAGCAGGCAAAUGACGAAUCAUGGGGAUCAGAGCCAGAGCUGGAAUACCUCCGAGACGAUGUAGCUGUAGGCACCACGAUCCAGACUCCGUCCCCUGAGCCUCGAGACGACCCUCCGUCCUGUUUCAGCUGCUCGGACACGUCGCAGAUAGAUGCUUCAGAGAAGGACUCCGACCAUUCGUCUGAUGACCUGAGCUCCGGAGUCUUCUCCUCCUGCAACAGUCACACUGAGGGACACUUGGAGUGGUCGACCUCAGCGAAUCAGCCGUCCUCGUACUGCUUCGAAGGUGUUGACAUCUGGAUUGAGAACGUGCAGGGCGAGUGUCUGAGGAUUCGUGAGCGUCGGCAGGUCAAAGUGGGCCACGUCGCUAUCGGGAUUAGUGAUCAGAUCUCAGGUAAAGCCUUCACUCUGGAGACUCUGGACAGGAAGACGGUGUCCUUCGAGCAGGAGAUCAAGGAGUCUUGUCUGUGGCUGCGCUGCGUUCCUGCUCCGGACAGAUGUCAGCGCUGGAGGUGGAGAGUCCGAGACGGAAAGCUGGAACUCAGAGAAUGAGACAUUUUUCAGAUUUUCUUUGGUUGUUUUUUUGCACUAACUUACACACUGAUUGAUCCUGAGCCAGGUGGACAUAAAGAUGCGUACUCGUAUCUGUGGAUGUUGUGCUGCUGAUUUGACUGAUUUUGCGGGAUGAAAGUGUUUGUGGUAGAAAAUGUGAGAUUACUGUUAUUUUAAAACUGACUUUAUAUUUAUAAAGAUGAUCUGUCUGUAUCAGCUCUUCAGUUUGUUAUUAGUUAUUUCUCUGUCGUGCCUGUAUGGACAGUGUCAGUAUACUGUACCUCUUUGUUUCCUCUGUGAUCUGAGAUCUAGAGUUCUCUGUCAUGUUGUUUUUGAGCCUUUCAAGCUUCACAACAAGCUAAAAAACAAUAAAUAACUGUCUGAGCCGUGAAGUUUUGAAUACUUGAAUGUUACUGACCUUUUAUAUCUUAAUAAAUGACCUCCCCGGUGGUGAAGAAGCCGUUCUCUUGUUUGUUUUCUAAAGAAAAACUUUCACAUAUUCAGACCUGUUGGA